UCACCGUUCACUUCGAGCCACACCGCGAUCCGCUCCGCUUCUGGCUGAGGGAGAGAACAACUACCUUCAUGUGAACAUGAGCAUAGAUGACACAGAGGAGCACAGCGUCACAUCCACGGGAUUCCUGACCGUUUUCAAGAGAGGAUGUAUUAGAUGUGGUCCGGUGGACUCCCAAGCAAAGAAAAUAAUGGGGAUUAAAACUGGAGUUACAUUUUGGAAUCUGAUAUUUUUUAUGAUGGUCACAUGCGUGCGAGGUUUCAUAUAUACAUGUGGUGGAACAUUAAAAGGAAGGAAUGGGACCAUUGAAAGUCCUGGUUUUCCAUAUGGAUAUCAGAACGGGGCAAACUGUACGUGGGUUAUUGUAGCUGAGGAGGGCAACCGAAUUCAAAUAGUCUUUCAGUCAUUCGCGGUGGAGGAGGACUAUGACUUUUUAUCCCUCUACGAUGGACACCCGCAUCCAGCUAACUUCAGGACGAGGUUAACGGGUUUCCAAAUCCCUCCUCCCAUCACCAGCACUGGGUCUGUAUUCUCGCUGAGACUCACCAGUGACUUCGCCGUGAGCGCGCACGGCUUUAAAAUCUAUUAUGAAGAAUUGCAGAGCAGUUCUUGUGGGAACCCUGGCGUCCCGCCUAAAGGCAUCCAGUACGGGACGCGCUUUAAUGUAGGCGACAAGAUCCGCUACAGUUGCGUGACGGGAUAUGUGCUGGACGGUCACCCUCAGCUCACCUGUGUGACCAACGCAGGCAAUGCUGCCGUGUGGGACUUCCCAGUGCCCAUCUGUAGAGCUGAGGACACAUGUGGUGAUACUCUGAGGGGUUCAAGUGGCAUCAUUACGAGUCCCAAUUUCCCGAGUGAAUAUUACAAUAGUGCGGACUGUACGUGGACCAUACUUGCUGAUCCCGGAGACACCAUCUCCAUCAUUUUUACAGACUUCCAGACGGAGGAAAAGUACGAUUACUUGGAGGUGGAGGGGUCCGAGCCGCCAACAAUAUGGCUAUCCGGAAUGAAUGUCCCGUCUCCUAUUGUUAGCAACAAGAACUGGCUGAGGUUACACUUUGUUACUGACAGCAACCAUCGAUACAAAGGCUUCAGCGCCCAUUAUCAAGUGAAAAGGUCUGUAGAUUUCAAAUCUAGAGGAGUAAAAUUAUUCCCUGGCAAAGACAACAGCAACAAGUUUUCUAUCUUAAACGAAGGAGGAAUCAAACAGGCCUCGAACUCUUGUCCAGACCCGGGGGAACCUGAAAAUGGCAAGCGCAUUGGCAACGACUUUAGUAUUGGUUCGACAGCCCAGUUCACCUGUGAUGAAGAUCACGUUCUGCAGGGCUCCAAGAGCAUCACGUGUCAGAGAGUGGCGGAGGUGUUCGCGGCAUGGACUGAUCAUAGACCUGCCUGUAGAGUGAAAACUUGUGGAUCAAAUCUUCAAGGUCCGUCAGGGACUUUCACCUCACCGAACUUCCCCAUUCAGUACGAGAGCAACUCCCAGUGUGUGUGGAUCAUCACAGCCAGCAAUCUAAACAAGGUGAUUCAGAUUAACUUUGAGGAGUUUGACCUAGAACUGGGCUAUGACACACUGACCAUCGGUGAUGGAGGGGAAGUAGGAGACCCGAAAACCAUCUUGCAAGUUCUGACGGGCAGCUUUGUUCCCGACCUCAUUGUUAGCAUGACCCAUCAGAUGUGGCUUCACCUCCAGUCUGAUGAAAGUGUGGGAUCUAUAGGCUUCAAGAUCAACUACAAAGAAAUCGACAAGGAGAGCUGUGGGGACCCAGGCACCCCUCUGUAUGGAAUGAGAGAUGGAGAUGGUUUCUUGAAUGGUAACGUGCUGCGCUUUGAGUGCCAGUUUGGAUUUGAGCUCAUUGGAGAGAAAACAAUAUCCUGUCAGAACAACAACCAGUGGUCUGCCAACAUCCCCAUCUGCAUCUUUCCCUGUCUUUCAAACUUCACUGCUCCCAUGGGAACAGUUCUGUCUCCGGAUUACCCAGAGGGCUAUGGGAACAACCUUAACUGUGUGUGGCUGAUCCUAUCAGAGCCCGGCAGCCGUAUCCACCUGGCCUUCAAUGACUUUGACCUGGAGGCUCCAUACGACAUCCUGACCGUGAAGGAUGGAGAGAUGCUGGACUCGUCUGUGCUGGGCCGUUUCACUGGGGCCGAGGUGCCGUCACACCUCACCAGCAACAGCAACAUUCUCCGGCUGGAGUUCCAGGCUGACCACUCCAUGUCCGGCCGAGGCUUCAACAUCACCUACACCACAUUUGGCCAUAAUGAGUGUCCGGAUCCAGGAGUCCCCCUGAACGCCAGACGUUUCGGUGACAGUUUCCAGCUGGGCAGCUCCAUCUCCAUCAUCUGCGAGGAUGGCUUCAUUAAGACCCAGGGAGCAGAAACCAUCACCUGUGAGCUGAACGGUGGCAAGGUGAUGUGGAGCGGUCCCAUCCCAAAGUGUGAAGCUCCCUGCGGAGGACACUUCUCAGCUCCUAGUGGAGUUAUUUUAUCUCCUGGAUGGCCCGGUUACUACAAAGACUCACUCAACUGUGAGUGGGUCAUAGAGGCGGAACCGGGACGCUCCAUCAAAAUCACAUUUGAGAAAUUUCAGACAGAGCUGAAUUGCGAUUUGCUGGAGCUUCACGAUGGUCCCAAUCUUCUCUCUCCUCUGAUUGGCUCAUUCAAUGGCACCCAAGUGCCUCAGUUCCUAUUCAGCACCACCAACCACCUGUACAUGCUUUUCACCACUGACAACAGUCGCUCAAACACUGGCUUCAAGAUCCUAUAUGAAAGCGUAACAAUAGAUGCCUACUCCUGCCUGGAUCCAGGGAUUCCAGUCAACGGUCUUCGUUACGGUCAGGACUUCUCCAUCGGCUCCACCGUGUCUUUCGGCUGCGACUCAGGCUAUCGCCUCAGCCACGAAGAGCCAUUGGUUUGUGAAAAGAACCACUGGUGGAGCCACCCACUACCCACCUGUGACGCACUCUGUGGGGGUGAUGUUCGAGGACCGGGAGGCACCAUCCUUUCACCUGGAUACCCUGAGGUCUAUCCCAGCUCCCUGAACUGCACCUGGACUGUGGAGGUCAGCCAUGGCAAAGGUGUUCAGUUCACCUUUAACACCUUCCACCUGGAGGAUCAUCAUGACUAUCUGCUCAUCACUGAGAAUAGGAGUUUUGUUCAGCCGCUCGCCCGCCUCACAGGAGCAGAACUGCCCUCGCCCAUCAAUGCAGGACUCUAUGGCAACUUCAAGGCCCAGCUCCGCUUCAUAUCUGACUUCUCCAUCUCUUACGAAGGUUUCAACAUCACAUUUUCAGAAUAUAACCUGGAGCCGUGUGAGGAUCCAGGAGUGCCUGAUUUCGGGCGGCGUAACGGUUACAGCUUUGGUAUCGGAGAUACUCUCACCUUCUCUUGCAACAUGGGCUACCGGCUGGAGGGAGUGCCGGAAAUCAUUUGCCUGGGAGGGGGUCGGCGCAUGUGGAGCGCACCUCUGCCAAGGUGUGUUGCGGAGUGCGGCUCAUCUGUCAUCAACAAUGAAGGGAUUCUGCUGUCACCGAAUUACCCCAUGAACUACGAGAACAACCACGAGUGUAUUUACAGCAUACAGGUGCAGGCUGGGAAAGGAAUCAAUAUUUCGGCUAGAACCUUCCAUCUGGCCCAGGGUGACAUCCUGAAGAUCUAUGAUGGUAAAGACAACAGUGCUCACAUGCUGGGAGCCUUCACAGGUUCGUCUAUGCUGGGUCUGACCCUCAUCAGCACCUCCAAUCACCUGUGGCUGGAGUUCUACAGCGACACCGAGGCCACUGGAGAAGGCUUCAAACUGGUUUAUUCCAGUUUUGAGCUCUCUCACUGUGAGGACCCUGGGGUGCCCCAGUUUGGCUUCAAAGUCAAUGACCAGGGCCACUUCUCCGGAAGCACCAUCACCUACAAGUGUGACCCCGGAUACACUCUCCACGGCAGCGGUGUGCUCAAAUGCAUGACGGGCGAGAGGCGGGCCUGGGAUAAUUCUCUUCCUUCCUGCAUUGCUGAAUGCGGUGGGCGUUUUAAAGGCGAGACAUCUGGACGCAUCUUGUCUCCAGGUUAUCCGUUCCCCUACGACAACAAUCUGCGCUGUACGUGGGUCGUCGAGGUGGAUUCGGGAAACAUCAUCAGCCUGCAGUUUCUAGCCUUCGACACGGAAGCGUCCCACGACAUCCUGAGGGUCUGGGACGGGCCUCUGGAGAACGAGAUGUCUCUGAGGGAGGUGAGCGGCUCUCUUCUGCCCGAGAACAUCCACAGCACGCUCAACAUGGUCACAGUUCAGUUCGAGACCGACUUCUACAUCAGCAAGUCUGGAUUCGCCAUCGAGUUCUCCAGCUCGGUGGCCACGGCCUGCAGGGAUCCAGGAGUGCCCAUGAACGGCAGUCGUAAUGGAGACGGUCGCGAGCCUGGAGACACCGUGACCUUUCAGUGCGAUCCUGGGUAUGAACUGCAGGGAGACGUGAAGAUCACCUGCAUACAAGUGGAGAACCGCUACUACUGGCAGCCAAGCCCUCCUGUCUGUAUAGCUCCAUGUGGGGGCAAUCUCACCGGUUCCUCUGGGUUUAUCCUGUCGCCCAACUUCCCUCAUCCGUACCCGCACAGCAAGGACUGCGACUGGCUCAUCGCCGUCAACUCUGAUUACGUCCUGUCUCUGGCAUUCAUCAGCUUCAGCAUAGAGCCCAACUACGACUUCUUGUAUAUCUACGAUGGAACGGACAGCAACAGCCCUCUGAUCGGGAGCUUCCAGGACAGCAAGCUUCCCGAACGCAUCGAGAGCAGCUCCAACACCAUGUACCUGGCCUUCCGCAGCGACGGCUCUGUCAGCUACACCGGCUUUCACCUGGAGUACAAAGCUAAACUGAGGGAGUCAUGCUUUGAUCCCGGUAAUGUGAUGAAUGGCACUCGGCUGGGUAGUGACUACAAGCUGGGCUCCACUGUGACCUUCUACUGUGAGGCAGGCUACGUCCUCCAGGGCUAUUCCACGCUUACCUGCAUUAUGGGUGAUGAUGGCAGGCCUGGCUGGAACAGGGGGCUGCCCAGCUGUCAAGCACCAUGUGGAAGUCGCUCUACUGGGACAGAUGGAACCGUGCUGUCGCCGAAUUUCCCGAGGAACUACACGACGGGACAGAGCUGUGUGUACGCUAUCGCUGUACCCAGGGAGUUCGUUCUGUUUGGACAGUUUGUCCUGUUCCAGACGUCACUGAAUGAUGUUGUGGACAUUUACGAUGGACCAACGCAACAGUCCUCUCUGCUGUCGUCUCUCUCUGGGUCUCACUCAGGAGAGUCGUUGCCCUUGAGUACAGGAAAUCAAAUAACUAUCAAGUUUACUACAGUUGGACCAGAAACUGCCAAAGGCUUUCAUUUUGUAUACCAAGCUGUACCAAGGACCAGCGCCACGCAGUGCAAUUCUGUUCCAGAGCCUCGCUUCGGCAAGCGCAUUGGCAACAACUUCGCCGUGGGUGCAUCAGUGAUGUUCGAGUGUAACCCGGGCUACACACUCCACGGCUCCUCUGCCAUUCACUGUGAAACCGUCCCUGAUGCUCUGGCUCAGUGGAACGACACACUGCCCACUUGCAUCGUGCCUUGUGGAGGGAUUCUGGCGAUGCGUAAGGGGACCAUUUUGUCCCCGGGUUACCCGGAACCCUACGAUAACAACCUCAACUGUGUGUGGAAGGUGUCUGUUCCAGAGGGAGCUGGGAUACAAAUCCAAGUUGUGAGUUUUGCCACUGAACAUAACUGGGAUUCUCUGGAUUUCUAUGAUGGCGCAGACAACAAUGCACCCAGACUGGGCAGCUAUUCAGGAACCACCAUUCCUCAGCUCCUGAAUAGCACGUCUAACAACCUCUACCUGAACUUUGUGUCAGACAUCAGUGUGUCAGCAGCCGGCUUCCAUCUGGAAUACACAGCUAUUGGCCUAGAUACAUGUCCAGAGCCUCAGACUCCAACCUAUGGGAUUAGAGUUGGAGAUCGAUACAUGGUGGGAGAUGUUGUGAUGUUCCAGUGUGAGCAAGGAUACUCUUUACAGGGAAAUGCCCAUAUCACAUGCAUGCCUGGACCAGUGAGGAGGUGGAAUUAUCCGGUUCCUCUUUGCCUCGCUCAGUGUGGCGGAGCCAUGAAAGAGGUUAGCGGAGUGAUUCUGAGCCCUGGAUUUCCUGGCAACUACCCGAGUGGUCUAGAUUGCACCUGGACGGUCACCCUUCCCACUGGCUUCGGAAUUCAUGUUCAGUUCCUGAACUUCUCCACCGAGGCAAUCCACGACUACCUGGAGAUCCGGAGCGGACCUAGUGAGACCGGUAUAGUGAUUGACAGGUUCAGUGGGCCGCAGGUUCCUGAGUCGCUCUUCAGCACAACCCAUGAAACAAGCUUCUUCUUCCACAGCGACUAUUCCCAGAAUAAACCUGGAUUUCACAUUACAUACCAAGCCUAUCAGCUGCAGAGCUGUCCUGACCCCCGGCCUUUCAGGAAUGGUAUCGUAAUAGGCAGUGACUUCAGCGUGGGCAUGACGGUGUCUUUCGAGUGUUUACCCGGUUACUCGCUCAUCGGUGAAACCUCUCUAACGUGCCUCCAUGGAAUCAGCAGGAACUGGAACAACCCUAUACCACGCUGUGAAGCUCUAUGUGGUGGAAACAUCACCUCCAUGAACGGCACCAUCUUCUCUCCCGGUCACCCAGCUGAAUACCCCAAUUUCCAGGACUGUGUGUGGGGUGUCCGGGUGCCCCCUGGAAACGGCAUCUAUAUCAACUUCACCGUCCUCAGCACUGAACCCAUCUAUGACUACAUCACUGUCUGGGAUGGUCCAGACCAGAGUUCGCCCCAAAUCGGUCAGUUCAGUGGUAACACAGCCCUGGAGUCUGUUUACAGCACAUCCAACCAGAUCCUCAUCAAGUUCCACAGCGACUUCAGUGGAAGUGGUUUCUUUGUGCUCAGUUAUCAUGCCUACCAGUUACGAGUCUGCCAGCCUCCACCAGAGGUUUCAAACGCAGAUAUCCUGAUGGAGGACAAUGAGUUAGAGAUAGGUGAUAUUAUCCGCUAUCGCUGUCACCCCGGAUUCAGUCUCGUGGGCAGUGAGAUUUUGACGUGCAGGCUCGGAGAACGGCUUCAGAUGGACGGAAACCCUCCCUCCUGCCAAGUACAAUGUCCUGCUCAUGAUGUUCGUUUCGACUCGUCCGGGGUGAUUUUGAGCCCUGGCUACCCAGACAGUUACCCCAACCUUCAGAUGUGUUCGUGGAGCAUCAACGUGGAGAAAGGCUACAAUAUCACCAUGUAUUUUGAGUUUUUCCAGACUGAGAAGGAAUACGACAUUCUGGAAGUCUUUGAUGGACCCACAAUUCAUAGUCAGACCCUGUCCACAUUGAGCGGUGACCUCCCGACCCCGUUCAACAUCACCACCACGGGCCACCAGCUUCUCCUGCGCUGGUCAGCUGACCACGGCACCAAUAAGAAGGGGUUUCGCAUCCGCUAUGUCGGUGAGUAUCAAACUCUGUACUGCAGCACCCCGGACUCUCCCGUCCAUGGAUCCAUAAGCAGCCAGACCGGAGGACACGUGAACAGUCUGGUCCGCUGGGCCUGUGACCGUGGAUACCGGCUUAUUGGAAAGAGCACCGCCGUUUGCAAAAAGACCACCUUUGGCUCCUACGCCUGGGACGCCCCGGUUCCUGCUUGCCAAGCUGUGUCCUGUGGGCUGCCCAAGGCUCCUGUUAACGGAGGAGUGCUUGCGAUGGACUACUCUGUGGGAACACGUGUGACCUACUUCUGCAACGAUGGCUACCGGCUGUCCUCCAAAGAGUUGACCAGCGCUGUGUGCCAGCCUGACGGCACCUGGAGCAACCACAACAAGGUCCCUCGCUGCUCAGUUGUGGUUUGUCCAAGUAUCGGAUCUUUCUCUCUGGAACACGGAAGAUGGCGGAUCGUUAACGGCUCGCAUUAUGAAUACAGAACAAAAAUCAUCUUCACCUGCGAUCCUGGCUAUUACCGGCUAGGCCCCGCCCACAUUCAGUGCACAGCCAAUGGUGCGUGGAGCUGGAGGAACGAGAGGCCCCACUGCCAAAUCAUCUCGUGUGGGGAUCUGCCCACUCCUCCCAAUGGCAAGAAAAUUGGAAGUCAGACCUCCUUUGGGGCCACGGCCAUAUUUACAUGUGACAACGGGUAUAUGCUGGUGGGAUCUACAGUGAGAGAGUGUCUAUCUUCUGGUCUGUGGAGUGGAACAGAGACGCGCUGCUUGGCCGGCCACUGUGGUUUACCCGAGCAGAUUGUCAAUGGUCAGGUGAUCGGGGAGAACUUCGGCUACAGAGACACCGUGGUGUACCAGUGCGUCUCCGGCUUCCGGCUCAUCGGCUCGUCUGUGCGGAUCUGCCAGCAAGACCACAACUGGUCCGGACAGCUGCCCAUCUGCGUCCCCAUCAGCUGUGGGCACCCGGGAAGCCCCAUCUAUGGCCGGACCGUCGGCAACGGCUUCAACCUCAAUGAUGUGGUGAGCUUCUCCUGCAACAUGGGCUACGUGAUGGAGGGUCCUUCCCGAGCCCAGUGUCAGGCCAACCGGCAGUGGAGCCAGCCACCACCAACAUGUAAAGUUGUCAAUUGCUCUGAUCCUGGGAUUCCUGCCAACUCCAUCAGGCAGAGUAAGAUCGAGCACGGAAACUUCACCUUUGGCACGGUGGUUUUCUACGACUGCAACCCCGGCUAUUACCUGUUUGGCUCCCCCGUCCUCACCUGCCAGCCCACGGGUCAGUGGGACAAACCGCUGCCCGAGUGUAUCGUGGUGGACUGUGGGCAUCCUGGAUCUCCUCCUAAUGGAGUGCUGAGCGGGGACAAAUUCACCUUUGGUGCCACGGUACGCUACAUGUGUACGGGUGGUCGACAACUGAAGGGCGAAUCCUCACGAACCUGCCAGCUCAAUGGUCACUGGAGCGCACCCAUGCCCUUUUGCUCAGGUAGGACGAACACACGCAACCUGCACGAUUAAAGAUGCUAUUACACACCAUGUCCAGACACGACACGACUACAAGAUGCGAAAGAUGCUUCACAGUUUGAAUGUUCAUGUUUCCUUCAACCUUCGGUUAAAGCCACACUAUGCAUUCUCUGAUUUUUCUGUAAAACAGUGACCUCUAGAGCCGCUGUGGUGUACUUGCACUGUAGUAAAUAACCGUUAUUCCCCUGUUACUGCAUACCUACUGAACUACUGUCAAGUUUUAGACUACUUUAUAAUAAUAAAGUUGCCUAUCGCGUUUGCUGGCUUAUAAAGUUUUUACGUGAUUUCUGCUAAAUCACAAGUAAAUUGCCUAUAGUGUUGGACUAAUACAAUUUCAUUUGUGUUUUUUGAUUUUAAUGUAAUCAUUACAAAAUGUUAUGAUUUCAUUAGACAUGAUUGACAUAAAAGUUAGCAAAUUGUGUUCAAUUACACUAUUUACAACCUCUAGGCUUAUAUAUGUCCUAAUAAUUAUGUGAGAUAUUGACUAUGUUCUCAUGAUAAUCACAGGAAUCAACAUCAACAGCGUCAAGAUUUAAUUGAUUAAUAAUUAACACAAUCCGAAGAAAAAUUACAGUCGGGAAGUGCACUGUUAGUCAGAUAAAGUUUAUAUAACAGUAACUUACGCCAUAAGAACCAGACACAGGACUAACGUUACGUGA